AUGGCACUCCGAGACGACCGGAGAGAGACGAGGCGCAGGACCAACAGUUCACGUUCUUUGCGAGGCGUUGAGCGUCGUAGGACCCAUUUACCAUACGACAAAAAGUCAACCAUGGCGACGAUAUUGCAUACUUUACUCAUUUACUUCCGUUUAUUUCUGGAUAAAUUGAUAGAUUUUAUUUUCUCACUGUACUGGGACGACAGGAAACACAGUAUACCAGAUCUACAGAAAAAACAUGCGAUCCUAACUGAAAGCGCUACUUCUCUAGCGAGAAAGAUCAAAGCAGGAGAGCUGAAGUCCGAGGACCUGGUACGAGCUGUUAUAGAAAGGAUAAAGGAGGUAAAUCCUAUCCUAAAAGCGGUGGUCGCAGACCGCUACGAUGCUGCUCUGGAGGAUGCGAGAGAAGUGGAUAGAUUGGUUGCCGCCAGACUUUCGAAAGAAAACGCCCAGAAACCUUUCCUAGGUGUUCCUUUCACAAUGAAGGAAAGCCAGGAGAUGAAGGGCUUCUAUAACACAUUGGGGCUUUGGUCACGUCGUACGGUCAAGUCAACAGAGGACAGCGAAGCCGUUGUACUCCUAAAGGAAGCUGGUGCCAUUCCACUAGCAGCGACGAAUCUGCCGGAAUUACUUAUUUGGCAGGAGACUCGCAACCCGGUGUAUGGCAUGACCUACAAUCCGCACCACUCGGGCCGUUCGCCUGGGGGCUCCAGCGGGGGCGAAGCCGCUCUCAGUUCCAGCUAUGCGACCCCCAUCAGCUUAUGUUCAGAUAUCGGGGGUUCGACUCGUAUGCCGGCUUUCUAUUGCGGUGUGUUUGGACAUCAUCCUACCGCUGGCACAACCAGCUCGAAAGGAGUGUUCCUCCGCAAGGGAGGCGAAGAGACCAUGCUCUGCCUGGGCUUCAUAUCGAAACACGCGGAGGACUUGGGACCUUUGACCAAGAUCAUUGCAGGCGACAAAGCCAAGUUAUUGGACUUGGACAAGAGUGUCAACAUGAAGGAUAUUAAAUUUUAUUACUUGGACUCCGCAGAAGAUCACUUUGUGAGCCCAGUCAGACAGGAAAUGAAGAAUGUCAUGCAAAGGGUGAUAGCGAAAAUCACACAGGAUUUAACAAGCACGGUAAACGCACCACAGAAAUAUAUGCACGAGGGUUUCAACCACAUGUACAGACUUUGGAGUUACUGGAUGGACAAGGAGCCGGAUGACUACAUGGCGCUUUACGCCGGCAACGGAAAGCGCCCCAAUGCCUUUCUGGAACUGGCCAAGAAGCUGCUCGGAAUUAGCCGGCACUGCCUAUUCACAAUAUUACGACUGUUCGAAUUGCAGCUGUUUCCGAAGGUUCAAGGCGAAUGGGCCGAGAAACUGACCAAACAAAUGAAGGACGACUUAUUCGGCAAGUUGGGUGACAACGGCGUAUUACUGCUGGUGAGCAGUCCACACGCCGCUCCGUUCCACUACUCGUGCAUGCUGCGACCAUUUAACUUCUCCUACUUUUCGAUCGUCAACGUACUCAAGUGUCCCGCAACACAGGUCCCUCUUGGCACGAACAGCAUAGGCCUCCCGAUUGGCAUACAAAUUUUGGCUGCUCCCUACAACGACGCUCUCUGUCUGGCCGUUGCCAAGUACCUGGAAAAGGAGUUUGGUGGUGCCGUCAUGGCCUGCAAAGUCAAGACGUCAUAA